CAGUGUGUUUGAUCGUACUGAGAGACAGCCCGCCUCCCGGUUCACAGCUGUCUGUCUGCCACGACCUCUGGAUUACUGGAAAGCAAGAGGGGAUGAGACUGCCGGGGAGCUUUCCCUCGCCGACUUCUUAUCUUCUGGUGCAAGAGCUUGAAGAGGAAAUGCAUUCUUCAAGUCAGAGCAGACCGGAGGACGUGUCUUUAACAAACGCCAGCCUGUUUGUGUAUUUUGCGAUGGACAGUUCCAACUUUACGCACGGACCCCUGUCCUCAAACGGGACUCCGGUUCAACUUACGCAGAGAGGCGAGAUGGAGACAGACAUGACUUUGCCUAUUUUCAUGUUCGCUGGCGGUGCAGUUGGGAAUCUAAUCGCGAUAAUCGUCCUUUCUAUAUCAAGAACGGAAAGAAAGUCCUCAGCUUUCUACACGUUGGUGUGCGGACUGGCUGUCACGGACCUGCUGGGCACCUGUCUGGCCAGUCCGCUCACCAUAGCCAACUACCUGGACACGCAUGUGUUGGAAAACAAGCACGCCUGCGAGUUUCUCUCCUUUUUGUUGCUGUUCUUUGGUUUAACCGGACUGAGCAUCAUUUGCACCAUGGCAGCGGAGCGGUUCCUGGCCAUCUGCUGCCCUUACACCUACCAGCGGUGGGGGGUCGACCGACGCUUUGCGCAAAAGUUUCUCUUCUUCAUUUACAUGAGUCACAUUUUUUUCUGCUGCCUCCCCAUGAUGGGCAUGGCUCAAAGCCGGCUGCAGGAGUCCGGCACCUGGUGCUUCAUCGACUGGAGGACCAGUAAGGCUGCGACCACCGCGUACUCCGCCCUGUACGGCGCCGUCAGCCUGCUGCUCAUCCUGGGGACCAUCGCGCUGAACCUGGCGGUGUGCGGGGCGCUGCUGCUGAUGCGCCGGAGGACCGUGCGGCGGCGCGCCACCCGGGCCAGCGUCAGGGAGCGCUGGAGAGCUCUGUCCUCAGCCGCGGAGACGCAGAUGAUCACGGUGCUGGUGAUGACCUCCGCGGUGGUCCUGGCCUGUUCUGCCCCACUAGUGGUGCGUGUAUUUGCUAAUUGCUUCAAGGUGAAAAAUGACCCCAGAGCAGAUCUGGCUGCCAUCAGGAUAGCCUCUGUCAACCCCAUUCUGGACCCCUGGAUCUACAUACUCCUGAGGAGGUCCCUGUUUCGACGGCUGCUUGGGUUGUCCAGACGAAUCAGCAGGACUAGCAGCACUUCCCCUCCGUCACCACAAAGACAUCUGUUUUGUUCUGAUAUCAUGAAGGAUAGCCAUGUGUUCAGCCAGCUGAUGUGCAACGCAAACCUCAUCACACAGCUUCCUGCCACCAACAAAUUCACUCCAUAUGAAACGGAGAGCCUCAGUUGAAAUGCUGCAGACCAAGCUUGCGUUGGACAUUGAAGUGAUGUUUGUCAUGCUCGUGCUCCAUGCAGCAUCACAUAAAGCCACAGACUGAUUUCAGAGCUACCUUGGUGGGAUGAAUGGAUGGUGGACAAACAGCUGAUAAACAGCCACAGGGACCCACAAGUGCUUUUUAUUGAAUCUAAUUAAGGUGGAGAAGCAGCAGUCUGGCUGCACCUGAUUUUCUUGCAGUAUCUUGGACAUCUACUCAGUCUUUCACCAUCUUAUAUUUGCGGGUGGCUGGAGGUGAUCCUGGCUUGAUGACCCUGUACAGAUGACCCACCCUUCACAGGGAAAACUGAGACAGUCAUAUACACACCCACUGAGAUAUUCAAAACAUUUCAUGUAAUUCACAUGUGGAUGGAAGAGAGAGUGGCCAGGCAAAAGCCACAGUUGCAUUGGGUGAAUAUGUGAAAUUCAAGCAAGUGAAGAGCAGGGGAUCUUCUUGCUGUGAGGCGGGAGUGUUAAAAGUCUUUGAAUUGCAACGUGAAGUAUAAGAAAACAAAGUAGAGACUGACUUCAUCUUGUGCCUUCUGUGGUCAUCCAGCCUUCAUCACUGCCUCAGCCUCACUGAUGCACCUUUUCUCUGUUUCGUGUUAUGAAGCACACUUAAAACUCAUUUGACUUUUUCUACUCCAGGUUAUUCCAGCCAUCGGCACUCCUGUAGCUGUAAUGAAAUCUUGUUUCUCUUGGUACAUUCUUUAUCAAAUGUCUUGUUGGAGAAAUAACAGCGCAAAGACCUCGAGAAAAGGUUGGGUUUCUUCAAAUCGGCUGGAAGCCAUCAAAACAUUUUUUAAAAUAUUGUUGUGGCAGGCAGGUGGCUUGGGCUUCGAUCUCUCUCAGAUAUAAUCAUGUUCAUGGGAAACUCUCCAGGAUGUGCUUUUAAAUAAGGAAAGGAAUUCUAAACACACGGACAUGACAAACCACAGAUUUA